GCUGAAGCGGGCAAGCCGGAAAGUUCUCCUUACCACUUUCGUUUGGGGGCAGAGCUGGGCUACGCUGCUCCCAUCCUUUGUGGCAUGGAUGCACAGACUGCGGUUGCCGACGGUGGUGGUAGCAAUGGGAGAGCUAGUCAGCAGCGCAACAUGGAGGACUCGAAUCAGGAGCUAGGCUCGAUACUUCAGCGGCAUGCCAUGGUGCAUCUACUUCUCCACCUCGGCAUAGAUGUGGUUGCCUUCGACUUUGACACCUUCUUGUUUGAAGAUCCGCGUCACCAUCUGGAAACGAUGGCGGGGACUUUGCAGGCAGAUGUUCUAGUAGCGCGGCAUCUGGAUGCGGACUGUUUGAACAUGGGUCUCCUAUAUGUCCGUUCCUCGAGACGGACAGCAGAAUGGUACACAAGGUAUUUCUCCUGGUUGCACUUGCACCCGUACGAGAGAGAACAGCGUGGCCUGAAUUCGCUGCUCAACUUCACUUCUCAAGAAGUAUCCUUCCGGCCACAGGUGCCAGAACUGGUAUCUGCAGCAGUGGAUGACUCCAAUGAAUUUGUCAGCAGCCGUGGUGGCUGGCUCGGUGAUUGGUCGAAGCUGAAGUUCUUCCACUGGGUGAACCCUGCUGAGACCCGUUCGAACUGGCCUAGUCUGAAGCUUGCCGACAUAGCUGCCUUGUAUGAAGCGGCGCUUCAUCACGAGACUGAACUGGCCCUGCAUGGCAUGUCUUUGGGCAAAAUGUUGGGAGCAGCCUCUGGACAUGUGGCUGCUGCGAAGAUGAUGCGUGCCAUCCUAAGUGACUUCAUCGUGGCGGAGCGGCCGUGCGUGUUACUGAUCCUGGAUGAUCUGGUACCCACAAACUGGCCUAGACUGCCAAGGCGAAUGGUAUGUGCUGGUGUUACCGGAGAUGUUGAGAGCAUCAUCCGAUUCCUACAUCGAAUUGCAGCAGUGCUGGACACAUCUAAACCGGAUUCGUUCGGAUUGCUGCACGGUGCGUGGACAAACGGGACGCAGGUUGAGGUGGAGCAGCUACAUCGGCAGCUCACAGAAGCCGCGCAGGUCUACAACGACCGCCGGAGAGCAGCGGGGGGCUUGCCACUCCAUGCAGCUUGUGUACUUUGGCGGACUGCAGCAACUCAAUACUGGCUGCAGUGCGAUGGCAUUGUUCUCUUCCAGCCUGGCAGCGCAGCAGACCCCUACAGGGCUUAUGGCCGGAUGCUCAAUGAUUGA